AUGGAGAUCGAGAACAUCGUCGCGAACACUGUUUAUAUAAAGGCCAGAGAGAGUGGCGGACAGAAAAAGGGUAAGAGCAAGAAGUGGAAAAAUUAUCUUCAAUUCCCACACUACACCGAAUGUCUGCCAUUACGCUCCGAAAUCGAUACUUUGUUCUAUGAACAUAUUUGCAGCUACUCAUAUAUCGUGGAGAAACAGCCAAUUGGGAAGUUGUUAUUCCACGAUUUUUGUGAGUCAACCAACCUUCAGUACUAUCAGUCUUGUGUGUUUUUGAAUAAGGUCGAAGAGUACGAGACCUCUGAUGAUGAUGUUCAGUGCCGGCGCAAGUUAGCACGAGCCAUUGUUGGUCUUCUUGCCCCUGGUGGUGAUACUCCAUCAUCAUCGCAACAUGAUCACAGCCCCUGGUGUUCAUUUUUGCCUGAAAAUGUUGUUGGUUCUGUUCUUGUCGCUGCUGACUCUGCCACACAUGAUCAGGAGCCCCGCACAGAUCUUUUUGCGGAAGCGUACAAACUGGUUCGUGCCUAUCUUGCUGAUGAGCCUUUCAAGCAGUUUCUCGAUUCGAUCCAGUUUUAUCGCUACCUGCAAUGGAAAUGGCUAGAAAAACGUCCUGUAGACAAGCAUACCUUCAGAUUGUACAGAGUUCUUGGCAAAGGCGGAUUUGGGGAAGUGUGCGCAUGUCAGGUGCGAGCGUCUGGAAAAAUGUAUGCGUUGAAGAAGCUGGAGAAGAAGAGAGUUAAGAAACGGCACGCGGAGACCUUGAGUCUGAAUGAGAAACAAAUCUUACAGCGAAUUAAUUCCCCUUUUGUAGUUAGCCUCGCCUACGCUUACGAAACGAAGGAUGCACUUUGUCUUGUCCUUACGCUGAUGAAUGGAGGCGAUCUUAAGUUUCAUCUGUAUAAUCUGAUGCCCGGUGGUUUCGAUGAGAAGCGUGUACAGUUCUAUGCUGCCGAGAUUACUCUUGGCCUCCAACAUUUACACAAAGAACGGAUAUUGUAUCGCGAUCUCAAACCUGAAAAUAUUUUGUUAGAUGAUUUUGCUCCUGAAAUAGUGAAGAAUGAGCGAUAUUCAUAUGGUGUCGAUUGGUGGGGACUAGGUUGUCUUAUAUAUGAAAUGAUUGAGGGCAAAGCGCCUUUUCGUCAACGCAAGGAAAAAGUGAAAAGGGAAGAAGUUGAAAGACGGGUACGGGAGGACCAAGAAAAAGGUCUUUUGCAUAAGGAACCGUCAUUUCGCCUAGGAUGCCGUCGAGUGAACAAGCCGGAAGAGGGAGCCGAAGAAAUUCGUGCCCAUCCUUUCUUCAACACUGCUGAUGCUAACACAGCACGGGAGCCCGUCACUCCUCCCUUCUGUCCGGAUCCUCGUGCUGUAUAUGCAAAGGAUGUCCUGGACAUUGAACAGUUUAGCACAGUGAAAGGAGUUCGCCUAGAUGCUAAUGAUACCCAAUUCUACGGAAAGUUCAAUACCGGAUGUGUUAGUAUUCCGUGGCAGAAUGAGAUGAUUGAAACCGAGUGCUUUCAAGAACUGAAUGUGUUCUUCGAAGAAGACGGUAGCCUCGUGCCAAGUCUGCGACCUGAUGGUCAACUGCAACUCGAUAAGAAAAACGGCUCAAGUAGUGCGGGGUUUUUCAGCCGUCUGUUCAAACGCAAGGUGAUUAAUCAUCUCAAUUUUUAG